AUGGCAUUUUUCGGAAGAAAGUCACCUUUUGAAGCUUUGGUGAGCCCUGGAGUCAUGCUUGCUUGUAAAUAUAAUCAGUUUCGACAAAGAAGGAGAGAAGCACAAAGUAAAAAAGUUACUGAGCGUGAACUGACAGCUUUACAUCAUAAAAUAGAUUCGCGAGUAUUAAGUUGUACUUUUAUUAGUGUUGAGAUUUCAUUCAAUGCUACGUUAGCUCAAAAUCAAAGUUAUUAA